UUCUCUUUUCUCUUUUCAUUCAAGAUGGUGUCUAGCAUUUUUCAUGCAAACAUAAAGUUCGUUGAGUUACUACUCGGUGCUGAACCAAGCAACCUCAACAACAACAAAAAGAAGUGGCACUCUGCUUUUGUCACCAUCUAUUGUUCUAGAGCGCUUCUUUCCUUGAACAAAAAAUAUUCUAUGUCAAAGAGUAUUAGCCCCACCAAAAUCCCACGUUCUCCUUCCUACACAGUCGUCAACUUGAACCCCGAAAACGGAUUCGAAAUUGAUCAAAUGAGUCUCAUCGAGCUCCCCAAGAAGAAAAAUCUUGCUCAGCUUCGAGAGCUUGGAGGAGUUGAUGGCGUGGCAGAGGCUCUUCAAACUGAUGCAGAGCGUGGAAUUGAUAGCGGCGAAAAAGGUAUCGCGAAACGACACGAAGCUUUUGGCUCAAACACGUAUAAAAAGCCUCCUACGAAGAGCUUCUUCUAUUUUUUGUGGCAAGCUUUUAAGGAUCUUACAAUUAUUAUCCUUUUGUUCUGUGCCGCGCUUUCUCUUGGCUUUGGCAUGAAAGUGCAUGGAGCAAAAGAAGGUUGGAUUGACGGUUUGAGUAUUUUCAUUGCCGUUUUUCUCGUCAUUGGCGUCUCUGCAAUUAGUAACUACAGGCAAAACAGACAAUUCGAUAAGUUAUCGAAAGUGAGCGACGACAUUCAAAUCGACGUCGUUAGAGAUGGGCGGAGGCAGCCAAUUUCGAUAUUCGAAAUCGUGGUUGGCGACGUCGUUUGCUUGAAGAUCGGUGAUCAAGUUCCGGCAGAUGGUUUGCUCUUAGAAGGACAUUCAUUACAAAUUGAUGAGUCAAGCAUGACAGGGGAAAGUGAGCAUGUGGAAGUCAACCAAAGCCGAAAUCCGUUCUUGUUUUCCGGCACCAAAGUUGUUGAUGGCUACGGACGCAUGCUCAUCACUUCAGUUGGAAUGAACACAACAUGGGGACAGAUGAUGAGCCAAAUUAGCCGCGAUUCAGACGAGCAAACGCCCCUGCAAGCUCGCCUCGACAAGCUAACUUCCUCGAUUGGUAAAAUCGGUUUAACAGUUGCUUUCCUAGUUCUUGUUGUCCUGUUUGUGCGCUACUUCACAGGGAGCACAAAAGAUGAGAAUGGGAAAAAAGAGUUCGAUGGAAGCAAGACAAAGGUUGACGACAUAAUCAAUGCUGCGGUGGAGAUCAUUGCAGCCGCCGUGACAAUCGUCGUCGUCGCCAUUCCCGAAGGCUUACCGCUUGCUGUCACUCUCACUCUUGCUUACUCAAUGAAAAGAAUGAUGGCAGACAAUGCAAUGGUGAGGAAGCUCUCCGCUUGUGAGACAAUGGGGUCUGCCACCACUAUUUGCACCGAUAAAACCGGCACUCUUACAAUGAACAAGAUGAAGGUCACAAAUUUUUGGCUUGGAAAAGAAACAUUUUCAGAAGGUACUUACUCAUCAAUUGCUCCAUAUGUUAUAGAAUUAUUCAAAGAAGGAAUAGCUCUGAAUACUACCGGCAGCAUAUACAAGCCUAGUUCGGGGUCCGAAUUCGAGAUCUCAGGUAGUCCAACGGAGAAAGCAAUUCUCUAUUGGGCUGUGCAAGAGUUGAAGAUGGAUAUGGAGGAAGUAACAAGAGGGUGCGCGAUUGUUCACGUCGAGGCCUUCAAUUCGAAGAAGAAACGGAGCGGGGUUUUGAUGAAGAGGACGAUGGACAACACAAUGUGGGUGCACUGGAAAGGAGCUGCAGAGAUGGUUUUAGCAAUGUGUUCAAGCUACUAUGAUGCUUCAGGAAUUGUCAAAGACAUUGAUGAGAAGAGAAAAUCCGAAUUCGAGCAAAUUAUCCAAGGUAUGGCUGCUAGCAGCCUAAGAUGCAUUGCUUUUGCACACAAACAAGUUGAAGUGAAAGAAAUUGAGGAUUCAAAGGAGACACUAGAAGAACAUGGAUUGACCCUUUUAGGCAUGGUUGGUAUCAAAGAUCCGUGCCGUCCAGGGGUGAAGAAAGCGGUGGAAGAUUGUCAAUAUGCCGGCGUAAAUGUCAAGAUGAUCACCGGAGACAACAUUUUCACCGCGAAAGCCAUAGCCACAGAGUGCGGAAUACUCAAACCGUUCGAAGACGAAGACCUGUUAAGCGAUGCAGUCAUAGAAGGAGAGGAAUUCCGAAACUACACGCCGGAGCAGAGAAUGGAACGAGUCGAAAAAAUCCGCGUCAUGGCAAGAUCAUCUCCCUUCGACAAGCUGCUAAUGGUGCAAUGCCUGAAGCAAAAAGGCCACGUCGUUGCGGUCACAGGAGACGGCACCAACGACGCGCCGGCACUGAAAGAAGCCGACAUCGGACUCUCCAUGGGAAUCCAAGGCACCGAAGUCGCAAAAGAGAGCUCUGACAUUGUCAUUCUGGACGACAAUUUCGCGUCCGUCGCCACGGUUUUGAGGUGGGGAAGAUGCGUCUACAACAACAUCCAAAAGUUCAUCCAGUUCCAGCUCACCGUAAACAUCGCGGCGCUUGUGAUCAACUUCGUGGCCGCGGUUUCAUCCGGCGAUGUCCCAUUAACAGCCGUGCAGCUUCUCUGGGUGAACCUGAUCAUGGACACAUUAGGCGCUCUGGCUCUAGCCACGGAGAAGCCCACAGACGAGCUCAUGAAAAACCCGCCCGUGGGCCGAUCAGAGCCUUUGAUCACCAACAUCAUGUGGAGGAACAUCUUGCCUCAAGCAUUAUAUCAAAUCUCCGUCCUGCUUACGCUACAAUUCAAGGGAAAAUCAAUCUUUGGUGUGAACGACAAGGUAAAAGACACAUUGAUAUUCAACACUUUUGUGCUUUGUCAAGUGUUCAACGAGUUCAAUGCGAGGAAGCUGGAGAAGAGGAAUGUUUUCGAAGGGAUACACAGGAACGGGAUUUUCUUGGGAAUCAUUGGAAUAACGAUUGUUCUUCAGGUUUUGAUGGUGGAGUUUCUGAAGAAGUUUGCUGAUACAGAGAGGUUGGAUCUGGUGCAGUGGGGUGCAUGCGUUGGGAUGGCGGCCGUUUCUUGGCCAAUCGGAUGGGUUGUCAAGUGCAUACCUGUUCCUAAGAAACCAGUUUCUAGCUACUUGAAAGCUGCAGUGAGACAUGAACCUAUUUAAAGGAGUUAGGAUUUUAGGACAUAAGUUGAUCUAUUUUCAUUCUUUGAUUUUUUUUUAAAAUUUUUUUUUAUAAGCUUAUAAGCACUGAUGUAUUCUUAUGUAUUUCUUAGUGAAAGAUUUGUAAUUACUUGGUACAAAGUUGUAUUUGAAAUAAAAUUUAUCUUGUUCAUUAUUAGUG